CGGGACCGGGCCCUCCCAGGUUGGACGAUGUCGAAAAAAAGGUGCAAGAACCUGCAAUUGACGACAUUUACCUCUCCACUCGACCGAUCCCAAACCGAUCAAUUGGCCCAAAUCAAUCGCGGUGAAGUGAGCCACCGUCGGCAGAGGCUCCCCGACUCUCUUCCCCCUCUCUUUUGAACACACCACCACCCACCACGAUGCUGUCGAGGGCUGCCAGGCCAGCUCUGCGGGCUGCCGCUGCGGCUCCUUCUCGGGCCGUCGCCGCCGGCUCCAACGCCGCGACCUACGCCACGCUGCGCGAGAUCGAGGGCCGCCUCAAGUCCAUCAAGAACAUCGAGAAGAUCACCAAGACGAUGAAGAUCGUUGCGUCGACCAAGCUCAACCGCGCCCAGCGCGCCAUGUUCGACAGCCGCAAGUACGGCCAGACGUCCAACGAGGUCUUCGACUCGGCCCAGACCAAGCCGCUCGAGGCCGAGGACAAGAAGGACCUACUCAUCGUCUGCAGCUCCGACAAGGGCCUGUGCGGCGGCAUCCACUCGGGUCUCUCCCGCACCGUCCGCAAGCUGUCGGCCGAGGGCGGGAAUUUCGACAUCGCCAUCAUCGGCGAGAAGUGCAAGUCCCAGCUGAGCCGCACCAACGCGAAGGAGAUCCAGAUCAGCUUCGCCGGCAUCGGCAAGAACAUCCCCACCUUUGCCGACGCCCAGGCCAUCACCGACCAGAUUGUCCAGCUGCCCGGCGACUACAAGAGCAUCAAGAUCUACUACAACAAGUUCCUGAACGCCCAGAGCUACGAGGCCACCGUUGUUGAGGCCUUCUCUGAGGAGGCCAUUGCCGCUUCGCCCAACUUCUCCGCUUUCGAGGUCGAUGAGGAGCUCCUCCCCAACCUGCGCGAGUACGCUCUGGCCAACUCGCUCUACUGGGCUCUGGCUGAGGGCCACGCCUGCGAGCAAUCUGCCCGUCGCAACGCCAUGGACAACGCCUCCAAAAACGCCGGUGAGAUGAUCAACAAGUACCAGAUUCUCUUCAACCGGACUCGUCAAGCCGUCAUCACCGGUGAGCUGGUUGAGAUUAUCACCGGUGCCACCGCUUCCGAGGACAUGUAAGGUGGGUAAUCUGGGGAAGGUUUGGUGUGAGGCUGUAGAUUUUGCGGGAGGGGACUAAGGGGCUCGUCUUCUGGCUUCCCUAGACCAUUAAAAAGGAAUAAGGCGGAAGGAAGGGAACCCUCCUCGUUGCCGUCGAAAACUAUCUUCACUUUGUACAAAUGCAUGUGUUCUAUUUUAUUCCCGCAAUCAUGCGCCCCACCUCAUCCUGUAUACCAAGACGGUAGAAACAAAGACGUGAAUGUUGGAUAAGCAUGCAAAGAUAUGGCAGGGCGACAUAAACCCGGUCAUCUAUUCCGUUCGCCGUUUUCUGCCCUGCCCCCCUUUGUUCCAUACUUACAAAAUACCACUAAUCACCAAAUACGAACCAAAACAGCGAGCGAAAGCAGGC